CGAGGACCCCCGGCAUGGCCGGGGAACUCUCACCACGGCCAGGAUACCUUGUAUGGCCCGGGGACACCCACCAUGGUUCAUGGUCUCAGCCCUCAUCGUGGCUUGGUGACUCUCACCAUGGCUUCAGGAUCCCAACCGUGCCCUGGGGGCCUCUGCCAUGACCUGGGACCACCACUGUAUCGUGGAGAACCCGUUGUUCCGGGGCACCUCAGGCGUUUGCGGAUAUCCAGCCAUGUGGGAUGCCCAGCAGGGCACAGGAGGUGCUCUGGGAACUCUGCUUUUCUGGCAAUUUCCUGGCAGUGAGUCAUGGUGGUGCCAGUCUCGGGCACGGGAGUGUGCAGGGCUGGAUGGCACUUUCAGGAAGUGAAACGGGUGCCAGGAAAACACCCCAACAGCCCGAGUCCACGCAAGCCUGGCCACGCACAUCCCCGGCCCUCCCAGCAUGGUGCAAUCUCCGGCACACCGGAUGGAGGUGAGGAUGAGGAAGGCCCCUAAAGGCCAUGUCUCUGAAGGCCAUGUCCCCAGGUCAGAAGAAACUGAGCGGACAGCAGUGUUAUGAGUAGAAAAGUUGUCCAGUUAUUAAAGGUUACAGAGUUCACAAGUUAAGCGAAUUGCUGCCAAAUUCGAGUUCUAACUAUUUGUUGUUAAUAAUUUCAUAUUGUAAUCCUCUGUUGUUAAUAGUUUUCCUUUAAUUACCUGUUCCUGAUGGUUAGUUAUCCCCCUUUGGUACCCGGGACUACGAAGAGGAGGGGACAUCGGGGUUGGCAUGCAAAUGAGGAAACCCCUCAACAAAUCUAGCAGGAAAAACCCCUAAAAAACCCGAGCCACCAUGGAAUUAAGAGAUCAAAGUGAUGCCUAGACGUGAGGAACAGCAUCCAGUAUCCGCUAAGACCCUUUUUACCCCUCACCCUAACCUAAAAGAUGUCGGCUAGAAAGAGGACCUCGAAUGUCAAACCCAAAAAUUGGGGAUCCUCUGGUGUUCUUGUAAGGAUGGAAGCCUCAGCUCUGACUGCAGACCAGCAGACACAGAUGCACUCUUCUUCCUCCUCCGUGCCGCUCCUGGGAGCAGUGGCAGCGUGAGUGCGACCCAUCAGUUCUCCCCACCUGAGCUGAUUUUUAAUAAAGGCAUUAAAAAGGAGAAAGAUCUCCUUCCCUAUUUAUUUCAGCAGGGUCCUGCACCCACUGGUGUUGGGGCAGUGCGUACAAGAGGGGUGACAUAGGAGGCACAACUGGCCAUGGCACCAGGGGUCUGGGCAGUACGGGAGGAAGCUGUGGGGAAAUGGUGGAGAGGCAGCGCUUGCAUCACCGGCCACGUCCGGGACACCCACAGUCCCCGGCCCUAACGGUGACAGUGUUGUCACAGCUGGGCUGGGGCUGGCGCUGGGACUGGGGUCGGAGCUGGCUCUGAGUGAUUCCAACUCCUGCUGUGUCAACCAAAUGGCAGACUGGCACAUGGUCAGAGGCCCCACACAUCAACGCCAAACACCCCUCCGCUCUCUGCCCCACACACCAGCCCUGGAGCAUCCUUCUGCUGUGCCCCACAACCCAGCUCUGGCUCAUCCCCAGCUCUGACCCAUAUCUGGUCCUGGAGUAUCCCCCGCUCUGCUCCAUGCUCUGCCUCCCCACUGCACUACUUGGGGGCAACCAGCCCCGCCCCCAGCCCUCCAGUCUCAACAGAGUAAUUGGGCAAAACCAGGCGUUGCGAAACCUGGAAAUCCCACUCUGACGGCACUUCCUUCUACAGGCUCUUGAAAACCAGGCACGCUGACACUGGGCUCAGAGAGCAGCCAAGCAGCACUGCAGGCAGAACAGGCAGGAGCAGGCAAAUAAGUGCCUCAGAAGUUUGCAGGUGCUGUGAAGUCUCAGCCCAGAACUCUUCAGACAGUGGUGGCAAUGGCAUUCGUCCCUGACUUGGACACACUGGAGAGCAGCAGCCUGAACGAGGAGACGUUGUAUGGCCCCAGCUGUCUGUGCCCGCAGAAGGUAAGGCUGUGGUGGUGGGAGUGGUGGGGUCCGUGUUGUAUGGAAGCCAGGCUCUCACCCUACAUCCCCUUUCUUCCCCAGAAGCCCCGGCUGGACUUGGAGGGGACAUCGCCUGGGGUGGGCAUCCAGGUGACAGUGACAAAAGGACCCCUUUCCAGGACCUUUCGCCAGGCUGCCAUCCUGGUGGUGGCUGUGACCAAGCUCUUGAAGCAGCCAGCACGCAAGGACUUUGCAGACAGUGACCUUGGCAGCUUCUUGGAUGAUAUUUUCGAGCCCGUCUCCUUCCAGUGCAUCAAGGGCAGUUAUACCAGGGCACCCGUUUUCCGCUACACUCGUUCCCAGUCCUUCGACAUCCUGGACAUUGACCACAAGUGCUUCGUACUGGAGUCACCCACCCAGCUGGUGGCCCUGCACCUGCAGGGACCCUCUGCUGGACAGAAAGUGAAGCUCAACAUUGCUCUGUACCGUCCCCGGUCAUCGCAGGGCGCUCCAGGCUCUGGGAGGGUGCCAGUGGCCUUGGGCAUCAAGGGCUACCAGCUCUACAUGUCAUGUGUGAUGAGUGGCACCAAGCCUGUGCUGCAGCUGGAGGAAGCUGACAUCAGGAGGGAUAUUGAGAGUGUGGAGCUGACCCGCUUCAUCUUCUACCGCCUGGACAGCCCAGCUGAGGGGACCACACGCUUCGAGUCAGCCGCCUUCCCUGGCUGGUUCGUCUGCACAUCUCUGCAGCCCCGCCAGCCCGUGGGCAUCACCAACACCCCAGACCAGGUGAACAUCGCUACCUACGAGCUGAGCAGGCGCUGAAGACCCUGCACCAACCCAACUCAACCGGCAGUCACCGGUUUUCAGGCUGUAUGUACUAAGUACAACCCCUGGGACACAACCUCCCUCCUCAUCUAUUUCAUGUGAAAUAGCAGCUCUGGGCCCCAUGGGCUCGAGCCAUCCCAGUCUAUAUAUAUAUGUAUUUAUUUAUUUAUUUAUUGUGUCUUCCCAUUGCUUUGGUACUUACUUGUUGUGCCCCUUAUUUAUUUUUGCUUUUAACUUGUAUGUGGAUGGAGGUGGAAAUAAAAAGUUUUCUAGGACAGCAUGGCUCAGCUCAUUACUCAUGGGGGAUGGAGUUACAGAUGGGAAAAUCCUUCUGAUUUGGCUGCUUUUUGGGUGAAAAUUCAGGGCAUGGGGGACCACCUCACAGCCCAGGGACCACCCUGACCCAUGCAGGACCCUCCACCACUCUGUCUCCGUGCCCACACCACAGCUGGGAGGUGGCUGAGGUGGGCAUCCCAUGGUGGAUCCCUGGCAGCUGCCUGAAACUGUCACCUCUGCCCCAGCUAUGGCCAGCAAAUGGCAUGGUGGGCCACAGUGCAGCAGGACAACGAGUAGCGUGGCAUUACAAGGUGUGGCAUGAUAUCACAUAGUACCAUGUGGAGCACUAAAUAAUACAAUGUCACAUAACACCAUGUCUUAUCAUGUGGAACAGCAUGGUGCAGUAUAGCAUGGUGUGCUGGCAUGGCAUGGAAUGGCAUGGCAUGGCCAGAUGUGGCAUAGCAUCACACACCAUGCCGUGGUGCUGUCAAAAAUAGGUUGUAAACUGUUGUAAAUAGUUGAUAGAUUGUUAAGCAUGUACUGUUAGUUUGGUUAUUAUAUUGUACAAGGGGUUAAAAGGGUAGUUGUAAGAAAUAUGGUACUUACCAUACCAUACCAUACCAUACCAUACCAUACCAUACCAUACCAUACCAUACCAUACCAUACCAUACCAUACCAUAACCACACCUCAGUAAAGUGCACCACGAGCCAGCCUGGACAGAACUGUGAUGGCCAAUCAAGUGCCUUAAACCUUCCUGCAAAUGAAGGAUCCAAACAGAAACCAAUACAAAAGGACAGAAAACAGGAUAAAAAGGGACA